UUCUCUGGCUAGGUACGUUCCUGAGGAGCACAUGACCGGCGCAGCAGUAGCAGCGUUGCCGGCAGUCAGCUACGACUCGCAGCGGCCAUCGGCAACGUUGCUCAGCAGCAGGGAGAGAGAGAAUCGCGAGGGUGGCACUUGUGCGGCAAACACACCCAAUGUUUGUGUUUUCGAAUUUUUCGUGAUACUACUGUGGCUGGUGGCAGUUUGGCAAGGCAUGUAGCGCCGUCGUCGAGCCGCUCGAGAUGUGGACGACGACGAAAACAACCAAAUACGGCGUCGCCGUUUACAAUUGGCGAGGAGACACGCGCUAUGGCCUUCCCUUGGAAAUCGGCGAAACCGUACAGAUCCUUGAAGAAUGCGCUGGUUGGUACAGGGGCUUCUCGACCAAGAACCGCGCGGUGAAGGGGAUCUUCCCUAGCUCGUACGUCCAUCUGAAACCAUGCAAAAUUGAAAACGAGGGAUUGUUCGAGUCGGUGAUACCUCUGGAAGAUCCGGUGGUCCGAGAAGUCACCCUCGUGCUUCGAGAAUGGGGCGGUAUAUGGAAGAGGCUUUACGUGGAGCGGGAGAACUACAAAUUCAACACGCUGCGCAAAGUGAUGAGGGAGUUGCUGGAAUGGCGGCGACAACUUUUGGCCGGCACCCUGACCACCGAUCAAACGCGGGAACUGAAGCUGCGAAUUAUCAACAAAGUGGACUGGGGGAAUCGGAAGCUGGGAUUGGACCUGGUACCACGUCAGGGGGCUCACAUGGUGGAUCCGGAUACCAUGUCACUCGUGGAACUCUAUCACGUGCACGUUCAGAGCGCGGAGAAUUCACAAGGGGCGUCGGCUAGGGGAACUCUCAGGCGGAAGGAGCACCGAAAGGUGCUGACCCAUCAUCUUUACUUCUGCAUGAGGGAUUUCGGCCACUCGAUCGGCGAGGACACAGAGAUCUACUUCUCCCUGUACGACGCGAAGCGAAAUCAAUAUCUGAGCGAGCGUUUCCUGGUUCGGAUCUCCAAGGAAGGGUUCUCCAGUUUCAUAGAGAAAAUUCACAGCAACUGUACGAUCUUCACGGACCUCGGCAAUGCAGACCUCAGCAGAGAUCUUUACAUGGUCGCGCACGUUAUGCGGUGCGGGAGAAUGUUGUACUCGGAUUCGGGGAAAAAUAAAACGGGGACCGCCACGUACAGAAGGCCCCACGGUGUCGCGGUGCUCUCGCUUGCCGAGGCCACGCAGGAUCACACCGAGGAACUUGAAAUGACGUUCAAGCAUUGUCUCAAGGUGUGCCAAGGAGAAGAAAAGGAGUUUCAUCAGCUGCACGAGCAGAUCAUCCGCAACAACAAGUGUUCCCCGCUUCCGGGCCAGCCUAACUACGGCAUAGUGGUUUCGCUGCGCGUGCUACACGGCGAGCUGUCCCAGGUUCGCGAGGAGAAUCCUCUGCUUUUCAAGAACAUCUGCCUGACGAAGAAGCUCGGCUUCUCCGACGUGAUUAUGCCGGGUGACGUGCGAAAUGACUUGUACCUGAAACUGGAACGCGGUGAGUUCGAACGAGGUGGGAAAUCCACGGGGAAGAACAUCGAGGUGACGAUUUUGGUUUUGGACGCGGACGGUCAACCACUGGAGGAAUGCUUGUUCGGCGCUGCUGGAAUGGAGGGCAGCUCUGAGUAUCAAAGUUUGGUUAUAUAUCAUCACAACAGCCCGUCGUGGGCCGAGACGGUUCGAUUGGCGAUACCUAUAGACAAGUUUUAUGGAAGCCACGUCCGCUUUGAAUUCCGGCAUUGUUCCACACGCGAAAAGAACGAUAAGAAAUUGUUCUCCUUCGCGUUCGUGCGUCUCAUGGAACCUGGAGGAGCCACGCUUCAAGACGGCCCUCACGAGCUGUACAUUUAUAAGUGCGAGGAUCGUUCCAAGUUGGAUUCGUUGAGUUACCUCACUUUGCCCAGUAGUGCUCGGGAACCAAACGCAACAGGUUCGCCAGCAUUCUCCAGGUCCCCGAAGGAAGCCGUGUUCGUUCAUACAUUACUUUGCAGCACGAAACUGACGCAAAACGUCGACCUUCUGAGUUUGUUGCAGUGGAAGGCGCAUCCCGAACGAAUUUCAGAGGCUUUAGGCCGCGUACUGCGACUGGACGGCGAGGAAUUGGUCAAGUUCCUGCAGGACAUUUUGGACGCUCUGUUUUCCAUGUUUCAUACAGAGGACGGUAACUCCACGGCUCAUUCGGGUUUAGUCUUCCAAGUGCUCGUCUCCAUCUUCAGCCUUCUCGAGGACUCCAAGUUCGAGCAUUUCAAGCCAGUCAUGGACGCUUAUAUUUCUGGUCAUUUCGCUGCUGCGCUCGUGUACAAGGGCCUUCUAAGCAGCGUGCAACAUUGCGCGGAUUGGGUGACCGCGGCGGAGAAGCAAGAGCCUAUAAUCAAGUGUUUCCGUUCUCUGGAGUACAUCUUCAAGUUCAUCAUUCAAAGUCGCCUGUUGUUCGCUAGAGCAACAGCCGGCCAGUACGAGGACAGUUUCAAACGUGACCUGUACUGCGUGUUCGCCGCGUUGAACAAGAUGCUGGGCAUUCCGUACGAGAUGGUGCUUCACUCUCAGAUAGCUUUACUUUACUCGAUCUCGGCAGUGUUCGAGCAACUAGUCGCUGUGUUGCCAGUCCUCGAGGUGGCGAAACUCACUUGCACGAUGCUCGACUCGGUGCCAAGGGAGCCACCGUUGCAGCUCACGCAAGCCAAAUUAACGGCCAUCAAAAAUCUGACUACCUCGUCGUUGUUCCGCGAGGACGACGAGAGCAGGAACCUGCUGUUGGUUACGAUGUGCCGACACUUGAAAGUUCAUUUAGUCAGACGAGAGGAGCUCAGAUCUUGCACGGAGAUUCUGGGAGAAAUCCUCAGCUUUCUGCACAAAAGGGGGCGAGACACGAACAAAGUUAACAACUGUAUUCAGCACGACGUCGAAACUCUGUGUCUCUCUAUCCUGGACGUACUGAUACAGACCAUUCUGAUUGUAAUAAAUACCAGCGGGCCCGUGUUGGGCUGUCUGGUAGCUUGCUUGAUAGGAUUGCUUCAGCUUCUAGACGAGUAUCACUAUGCUCGACUUUGGGAGGAGCUAGCUCACACCGGCGAGCAGAAACCCCUGAAGAACUUUCUACUAAGAGCUUUCCUAGUUCUACGCGACCUCGUCAAACAGGAGGUGUUUCCGCCGGAUUGGCUGGUAAUUAGAAUGCAAGCGAACAGCGUUAUCUUGAAGUCACUGCAGGAACUCGCUCAACCUUUGAAAGGUAGCUUCGACUCGCAACUCUGGUCCACGUACUUUAAUCUAGCCGUGGCGUACCUCACUCAGCCGUCUUUGCAACUCGAGCAAUUCACCGAGGUGAAGCGUGAAAAGAUCGUCGAGAAGUACGCAGACAUGAGGGUGUUGAUGGGCUUUCAAAUACUCUCCAUGUGGACUUACUUGGGCGACCGUAAGCUGGAGUUUAUUCCUGGAAUGGUAGGCCCAUUCUUGGAAGUUACCUUGGUUCCCGAAAGCGAACUGAGAAAGGCCACGUUGCAUAUCUUUUUCGAUAUGAUGGAAUGUGAGCAACGAGCUCGCGGUAGCUUCCGAUCCGUGGAAUCGGAAUUGAUCGACAAACUGGAUAUCUUGAUCAGCGAGAAUAAAGGUGACGACGAGUACAGACAGUUGUUUAACACGAUGGAACAUCUUAGCGCUGUAUUAUUGGACAGAGUUCAAUCGGAAGAUCCAGCCUGGAAGGACAGCGGAACUGCAUUCAUCACGUCAAUUACGCGUUUGCUGGAAAGAUUGUUAGACUACAGAAGCGUGAUUCAGGGGGACGAGAAUCGCGACAAGCGUAUGUCGUGUACUGUUAAUUUAUUGAAUUUUUACAAAAAUGAAUUCAAUCGUAAGGAGAUGUACCUGCGUUAUAUUUACAAGCUUCACGACCUGCACUUAGCAGCCGAGAACUAUACAGAGGCUGGAUUCACAAUGAAAUUAUACGCCGAUCAGCUUGGCUGGAGUUCCACAAUUUUACCUCCUGAUCACUCGCAUCCUCAGCAGCCAGAAUGGCAGAGGAAAGAAGUUCUUUAUCACAAGAUAAUUCAUUACCUGGAUCGAGGCAAAUGUUGGGAGAAAGGUAUCCCCCUGUGUAAGGAAUUGGCAAUGUUGUACGAGACCAGGUUGUACGAUUAUGCGAAACUCAGCAACGUACUCAAACUGCAAGCCAAAUUCCUGGACAACAUAUUGACGCAGCUUCGGCCAGAACCAGAGUACUUUAGAGUAGGAUUUUAUGGUCUUAGUUUCCCUCUCUUCGUUAGGAAUAAGCUAUUCAUCUAUCGCGGUUUAGAAUACGAAAGAAUAGGGGCAUUCACGCAACGACUACAGACUGAAUUUCCAAGCGCACAAAUAUUAAUGAAGAAUUCGCCACCCGACGAGAGCAUCCUCACCUCCGAGGGACAAUACAUACAGAUUUGCAACGUGAAACCGAUCCCGGAGGAAAAUAGUCUAGCCUGUCGGGGUGCAGAAGUGCCCGAGCGAGUGGUCGCGUUUUAUUUGGUAAACGACGUCCGGAAGUUUAUCUUCGAUCGGCCACUUCACAGAGGACCGGUCGAUCGCGAGAACGAGUUUAAAUCUCUCUGGAUCGAAAGAACCACGUUAACCACCGAGGAGAAACUACCCGGUAUACUUAGAUGGUUCGAAGUGAUCGAGAAGAGAUCAGAGUUACUAGCUCCUGUGCAAUACGCCUGUGAAACUAUGCUGAGCGUGGAGAGAGAAUUGAGGAGACUUGUUGCACAAUACACUGCCGAACCUAAUGGAAACAUUAACCCCUUUAGCAUGCGACUCCAAGGCAUCAUCGACGCAAACGUAAUGGGUGGUAUCACCAAGUACCAAGAGGCUUUUCUCACUCCUGAAUUCGCCAGACAAAAUCCGGAAAUGGUCCCGCACGUAAACAGACUGAAGGGUUUGAUCCUUGAUCAAAUGAGCGUUUUGGAGGCUGGAUUGAAUUUACACGGGCAAAUUGCACCGGCUGGCGUGCAACCGCUGCAUAAGAGACUCAAUGAAAGAUUCACGCAGCUGAAACAGGGCCUCGGUCCACUAGCAAGACAAAGAACAAUUCAUCAGGACAGCAUUGUCAAUUCACCGUUGCCUCCGUUGCCCGUUAACGAGAAACAACGUCCAGCCACGUUGGAAACGGCAGGUUGCAGAACCUCUCACGCGGACAGCGACGGCCUACCCGAAGACGAGGGUUUUUACACAAAAGUAGACGGUGGACCGCCACCUAUACCGCAACGGGAAGUACGGCCACGUUCGGUGGGUUAUGGCACCACUCCACCCAGACCCACGCAUCAGAGAUCUCUGAGCAAGCCGUUAAGUCCGAAAUUACCAUUGAGACAUUCUCUGCCAACGCCAACGGACGGAGUGGAUCAGACUGGUUUGAGAACGUCAUGGAGUGAGCCUGGCCCUGAACCAGCGCCACCUUUGCCUCCUAGAGGUUGCACGCCCGACAAGAGAGAUUCGAAUACAAACAUCGUAGUACCACCCGCGCCACCGAAGCGUUUAGCGUACAAACGCAACACAGAAUGGAGCACAGACGACGAUUCAGAAGCACAGAAUGAACCGAACGAUCUUCGCGACAGCGGCAUAUCGACUGCUAGCUUAUUAGAUUUCCAAUCGCACUUGACUAAUUUGAACAACCUCGGUUACGAGGACUUUGAACCACGGGCAAGGUGCAACGACAUUAUGAAUAUAUCACCUCCGUCUGUGAUAAACGUGUUGAACGUUUCUACUGGAAAUUUCGCGAGCGGUACAUUUCAGGGAUCACAUUCCUUACCGGGUCAAGAGGUGAGUCCACCGCCAAUACCACCGAAAGCACAUCAGGACACCCCAUCGGCCCCAUCAACCUUGGAAAGAAUAUCGAAUCGCUCGCAGUCUCAUGGCCAUUCGGAAAAUUAUUCCGUACCGAAGCUCCAAACGUUGUCUAUGGCGUCUGACACUGAAAGCACUGUGUAGCAAUGACGAUGAAUUUCCUAGUCUUAGCAGUUAAUUGUGAUGUGCGUGUGCCACAGUCAAGCAGAUCCAAUUGUAAAAUCGUGCAUGAAUAGAACUUCGAUAACUCAUUGGCAAACGCAUAAGUAAGAAUUGAAUUCUGAUUGGAUUUGCACAGCAAGAUUUCUGACAUUUGCACAUCAUUUUAUAUAUAUAUAUAUAUAUAUAAUAUACAUACUUAUACCUUAUUGUGCGUAAGAGAAUCUCUUAUAAAUGCUCGAAAUGAAAUCUUCUAAUGCGUAACUUGACAUGGAUUACAUUUAUCUGUGUAUAACGUACCUUGGUAGAAACAUGAUAUCAAAAUGCUGAGUAUGAGUAAGACUUGUCGAUAAUGUCUCGUUAAUAAAUGCUCGAAAACUGUCUGGUAGAGCUCGGCGAUAUCGCAAUGACUUUAUGUUAAACACGACGAUCUUCCGAAUAUUAACCUACACUAUAUUUUGUAAUUUAUUUAUAUUUUCAAUGAGAAUAAAGGUAAUUUUUAUCGACGAUAUUAA